AUGUCAAUGCGCGAUCUUGUUUUGUUUACUGUAACCUGUAUCAUCGGCCUAGGCACCGGCCUCGCCGCCGCUGAUGCGCCGCGUAGGCUGCGGCCCGCGGCGGGUCAGCCUGGGCGAGAGGAGACCGACGAUGAGCUAUUUCACAGGCAGAUGCAAGAGUUGAUUGCAGCAUAUAUGCUUCGCCUCCCCGCUGAAGAGGAACAAGAGGUAGCAACAGAGAUGGAACGCGCAGAUUCACCUACCGCUGCGGAAGUGGAGAAUAUUCGCAUAAUUGCUCGCAGAAAUCGACAGAUAAAUGAAGGAAAGGGGCUUACUCUCAGGCAUCGGAUUCAGAGGCAGUACAUUGGUCAACCGCCUAAUCAUCAGUACCUGAACGACUUGACCCGUGAGAUCAAUCGGCUGCAGCGUCUCAAUAAUCGGCAGCAACCCAAUCCCCUGCCUGUCCCCGCGAUCAGAGCAGCAACCCAACCGAACAAUGGCCUGCCUGUGAAUUUUUGGCGGGUGAGAGCGGCCCAGAUAGAUCAGCAACCCCCCCGCUUGACUCCGCAGCGAACGCCGAGAGGGCCGCCGGCAGACGUUCGGGGAGAGGUACAGAGAGGGGGCCGAGCAAGGACACCGGGGAGGGCGCGGGGAGGGGCGCAAUCCUAG